CCCACCAUGGAGGGAGAUCUGGAUUAUAGAUAAGGGUUUCGGGUGGCGAGAUGCAGAGAACGCUGUGUCUGACUAUCAGAUUAGUGUGAUUCACACAGACAUUUCUUUGUCAUUCAGCAGCUCAACUGUAGUUGAAUUUGGGCCUGUAUCACAGUCAGUUCCAAGUCUUCAGCCAUCCAGAGCUCCUGAUGUAUACACGGAUUCCAAAGUAACUCAAAUGAUGGACCCUAUUGCCAUGUACUGGACUUCGGUGGAAGCUGGUGGGAGGAGCUACAGGAGGACGGGCUCCUUGCAAUGGCUUGAAUGGAAUAGAUGGAACGCUAUCAAACACAUGGAAACAACAUGUACGACUCAGUUGCAUUUACUCACUUUCAGCCAUUGCAUUGAGCCCGUCCUCCUAUAGCUCCUCCCACCAGCCUCCACUGCUGCACUUAGACUAUUGGACUCAGGUGAGCUUUAGAUAUGAUGUCUUCAUACGGUACAAGACUCAAAAGCUGAACCUCUGUAAAUAAUAAUGUAACUAAUACAACUAAAUAAGACUUAUUUCUGUAAAUAAUUGCUGGAAUCUUAAACUAUGUUUUGCCUGUAGUGUUCACUAGUUGUGCAGUUUGAAUUAAUCUGUCAAAAUAAAUGGUUAAUACAUGAGAGAAUGUACUGUUACAAUAAAUAAUUCCAUGUUGUUUUCUGACAGUAUGCAUACUGUGAUGUUUUGUGGAAGAUAAAAUGUCAUGUUUGCAUAAGUUUGAAUCAGGAAUCCAUUGUCAUCAUAUUCAGCGAAGAAAAUGGAGAUAGACAGCACAUUCCUGCCACCUGCUGUUUUGAAAUAGAAAAUUGUUUUUUAAAAAUGGCCAUUUGAAGAGGUAGACCUCAUAUUGAUUGUUUUGAUGUUAUUGUUAUUGUUAUCAUGAGAGCUUAAUGUCUGGUUACCUAUAGACCACUAGUGCAAAGUUAUUACAUUCAAAAUUUUCCGCAUCACACUGUAGUUGAUUAACGUCAAACUACCACAAAAGUCUUGAGAAUAUUGUGCUAUGUAAUUUCUAUUCCAACAUUGUGAAUUGUGCAUUUAUCCUUUGUUUAGGCUUUGUCCGGUUUUGAUCGUGUGURCUUUAAUUGCCCAAAUAUGGCCUAGAUUGCCUCAAAACUUAAAUGGAAAUAAACUGAAUACUCCAUAAAGUGGAGUACAUGUAUAAUGAGAACCCUGGGAGAUUGGAUGGUGUUGUAAUAAUUUUAUGAUGACCUUGUCCUGAGUCCUCAUAGGCUGCGUUUACACAGGCUGCCCAAUUCUGAUCUUUUUUUCACUAGUUGGUCUUUUGACCAAUCAGAUCAGCACUGAAAAAGAUCUGAUGUGAAAAACUCUGAUGUGAUUGGUCAAAAAAACAAUCAGUGGAAAAAAAGAGCAUCCUACAUAUUUACAGUAUUAGUCAAGCAGCUAAUAUUAGAAUUACAAGAAUGUUUAGGAAAUAGGAAUGCGUUACUCAUUUCAGACUCAAAUAAAGAAAGUACCUUAAUCACCAAAUCACUUGUUUAUCUGGUGCAUUCCUCUCUAUGGAAAAUGCAUGUCAGAGGAUAUUUAACUGGCGUUUACUCAUAAAGAUAUCCCACAGAGGGGGGUCUGCCUGAAUGUAUGAGAGAGACAAACACACUGUUGGAAAGUGCCAGGACUCAGGCCAAUGUACUCAGACACAUUGGCCUCGGAUGUCACUGGAUCCUAGCCACGGUGUUUACUGGUGAUGAAGAAGGUGUUCUACACAAAUAAUUCCCCUUGGAAUAUUGAGUGCUGCCAAUUUAACCUGUAACUAACAUUUCUAAGCAAAUGUGUUAGUUCGACAUCUUUAUUGCUUGUGUAUCUGAAAGACUCUGAAGAAAACAUGUCCUGUACAAUAUGGGAAAGUUCUCACUAUGUAUUUUUCUGCCUCUCCUAACUUAUGGUGAUUUCCGUCGSCCUCAAACUAUGACCCGUUAGUGGGAAGCAAGUGGGAAGAAUUUAGCAAAGUGUUUGUCGGUAGUCUCGCAAUUUCCAGCGCCUCUCUCAUUAUCGCAGUGUGUCUGUCAAAUGUUUACAGAAUAUUCAUUAACGGCAAGCGCCCUAAUGAUAACAAGGCCCAAAUGAAGAUACAGUAUCAAUGGUCGAGAUACUAUUUUGGUUGAAACGAGGCUACUGUUUACUCUAGAACAUGGGAGCGGACCCCAGCUCUAGCAUAGAAGAAGCUCAAUUUCCACAGAUUGUCACCCAAAGUCCAUGUUAAAUACAUAGUGGGAACUGGGAAGGUAAAGUGUGUUGAUUGGGAAGGAUUUGCUCUGAAGAUGCAAUGCUCAAGGCGUUUCUUCUUCCAGAUGUAUCUGAGUUUGCUGGUGUCCACGGGGUCCUGUAGAUGCAAGUCACUGAACGAUGUCCUCCAAAGUGAAGAUCCUGAGGGCUUCACUGAGACUUCCAAGCAGGACCUGGUUGAAAAGGAGGAAAUGGACUCCAGGUUACAGAGCUUUCUGGGAAACAUGAAGGAAGGGUUUCUGAGAAAACUCAACUUAUCAGAUGUCCCACAAGAGCACAGCAAGAUAUACCCACCGCCGUUCAUGAUUGAACUGUACAACAAGUAUGCGUCCGACAAGUCCGCUAUGCCUCGUUCUGAUGUCAUUCGCAGCUUCACCGUUCAAGAUGUUAGUCACUCUGCAAAAAAUGGAACAAAGUCAAAACACAGACUGCUGUUCAAUGUAACUGUCCCAAAUCACGAAGAGGUCACCAUGGCGGAACUCAGGCUAUUCACCCUGCUGGAUAAUAGGGCGACCUCGCCAUCAACCUCCACCAAUCAGAUCGGGGGUUCCAUAAAGGUCUAUGAAGUGGAGUAUAAAGGAAACAAUGUCACAGCCCACUUUGUGAAUGGGAAAGACGUCGUUGGGGCCCAUCACUCUUGGGAAGCUUUCGAUGUGACCACCGCCAUCCAGAGUUGGGUCAAAUCAGGCCGUGGGGCCAGUGCAUUUGAGGUGGUGGUCGACAGGUGGGACUGUGGGCCUUUCAAAGGCGGAGGUUUUGACGUGAGCGUGGGUGCGGGGGAUAACCAGUCAGCUGCUUUGAUUGUCUUCUCUGAUGACCUGGGGAGCAGGAAGAGAGAGGCCAAGAAGGAGCUGAGGGAGGAGAUAGUCCAUGAGGAAGAGACGGUCUUCUCAGGGAGCGACUGGCAAGGGCCCGACUUCAAUGAGAUCCCCGUGGACCUACACCCCAGGCGGAAGAGGCAGGGGGACACCAGUUACUGCCGACGGACCUCCAUGCRCGUCAAAUUCAAAGAUAUCGGCUGGGACCAGUGGAUCGUAGCGCCCCCUGAGUAUGACGCCUUUGAGUGUAGAGGGGUGUGUUACUACCCCCUGACUGAGGACAUGACCCCUUCCAAACACGCCCUCAUCCAAACCCUGGUCAAUCUCAAGAACCCCAAAARAGCCAACAUGGCGUGUUGCGUUCCCACAAAACUGGCCCCAAUCACGGUCAUGUACCAGGAGAAUGGUGUCAUCACCUUGCGACAGAUGUAUGAGGAGAUGAAGGUGGCAGAGUGUGGAUGUAGGUAGUAAGAGGUAACAUCCAUGGUGGUUCCCUUUACCCUUUACUGUAAAUCUGUACAUUCCUGUUGUAAGAUGCUUUUGAGUUAUUUUAUUUAGUAUACGCUCAGAAAAUAUAUAAAUAAAACCUUUAAUUCAGUAUUUAUGAACUAUUUAUCAUUAUUGUAAUGGUUUUAGAAAACAAAAGAGAUGAUAAAUUGGAUCUAUUAUGAAGUCAGUGUUCAUCAAUUGUUUGAUAUCUAUAACAAAAUGAUCAUAAUCGAAAAGAUUAGAUUUUGAAAGUAUUUUUUAUAAGAGGGCAUUUCUGUAGUGUACGCAAGAGGCGUCACUACAGUACCUGGUUCGAAUCCAGGCUGUAUCACAUCCGGCCGUGAUUGGGAGUCCCACAGGG